UUUUCCGAGUUGGCUAUACUGCUGCUAGCAGUCUGCCAGCGGUACUUCUUUGUGUUUGCAAACAAUUGUUUACAUACAUGUCGUGUUAUGGUUUCGAAAGUAAAUUCUAUGCAGUAUUCAGGUGAACGGUGUGUGUGUGUGUUUUGUGUUUGUAGUUAUACCAACGAAGUACGAUGCAUCGGGUGCCUCUAAUGCUUUAUAGAAAGUUAUCCAUGAAACUGUAGUACACAUGACAUCUCUAACAGACGAUACAUACUCAGAGGUGGUUGACCAAGUUGUGGGUGCAGCACAUUAGCAUCAGUGGCUGAUAUAAAGGAAAAGAACACAGUGGACUUGGGGAAACACAGGAUUAAAAUUAUCACAAGGAUGGCUGAAACCAAUCAUUGCAACUUUUUUUUGGAGAAAAAGAACAGAUUCUGCAGAAUGCUUACCAAGGAUGGAAGUGACUAUUGUGGUGAACAUCAAACAUUUGCACUCACUGACCUUCAAGAUGUUGCAGACCAAUUUGCUCGAAUGGUGUGCCCCCUAGACAACAGUCACACCUGCUAUGUUCGCCAUUUAAAAAAACAUCUAAGAAAAUGUAAUGCCAACAAGAAAGAUCCUGUCUAUAUAACUCAUGGACUGAACAGAGGAAGUUCAACAGAUGACGAGAUCCAUGGGCCAACUUUGUGUACCAUUGAUGAUCUGGCUUUAGUGCAGUUAAUUUCUAAAAUAGAAACAGUGUGCACAGGUAUCAUUCCCUCUGUUACUGAACAAUCAUCAGUACACCCUCGCUUGAAAAAGGAGAUUGAAACACAAGCAGAUGGAGUUAAUUCAAAGAGACAACUAUCACAAGUGUCUUCACUUUUGUCACUCAUUGAGAAGUUCAGUAGUAUUCACGCGGAUACCUGUUUCCUCGAAUUUGGUGCUGGAAGAGGUAUGCUGACAUAUUGGCUUGGAGAAGUAACUGCUGAAGUACCACAGUCUUCUUUUUUACUUAUUGAACGAUCUGCAUAUCGUCAUAAAUUUGAUGGACGCCUAAGCACUAAAAGAGACUGUGUUGUAAGAAGAGUGAAAGCUGACAUUGGUGAUCUCAACCUUGAUGAAAUAGAGUUGCUUAAAGAACACCAGCAUCUAGUUGCACUCAGCAAGCACCUAUGUGGUGCUGCUACAGAUAUGGCUUUGAGAUGUAUGACAAUGACAUCUGAAGAUAUUUCUAUGAAGUUUCGUAGUAUAUUUAUAGCUACUUGCUGCCAUCAUCGAUGUGACAUUUCCUCUUAUGUAGCAAUGGAUUAUUUAAUGGAACUGGGUUUUGAAAUUUCUGACUUUAAUGUAAUGUGUGGUAUUACCAGUUGGGCAACAUGUGGCUCUCGGAAGAAUGAGCUAAUUCCCAAACCAGAAGAUUCAGUUGAUAGGUAUGCACGACUGCAGCUGACACACGAGAAGAGAAGAAAAAUUGGCAGAAUGUGCAAGUUAAUAUUUGACUAUGGAAGAAUCAAAUUUCUAGAGAAAUAUGGUUACAAUGGGGUAUUGACAUACUAUGUACCUGAAUCAGUUUCACCAGAGAAUGUAUGUUUAAUAGCAAUAAAAAACUGAUUGAUUUUAUUAAAUAAAAA